AUGACAUUCAAAAGAUUGGCGCGAUAUUUUCUUUUAGUCCCCUCAUUAAUUCCUUCAAACAGCGUCACUAAUUGCAACCGUCAUCGCUAUAAACGCAUAAAAUAUAAACAUGUAGGCAUCUCGGCUGCCAAUGCUCCCGCGACGCACGCCUCCCGCGAGGCGACGUUUGACUACGAGGGCCAGUACCAGGCAAAGCUCGCCAAGAAGCACGACGACAGGAGCUACCGCUACUUCAACAACAUCAACCGACUGGCGGCUAGGUACCCGCAGGCGCACACGGCUAACGCGUCCAACAUUGUGACCGUGUGGUGCAGCAACGACUACCUGGGGCAGAGCAAGAACCCCGUGGUCACUGAGGCGAUGAAGACAGCGCUGGACGCCUAUGGCGCCGGUGCUGGCGGCACGCGCAACAUUGCCGGUAACUCGGCGCUGCACCUACGCCUCGAGUCGGAGCUGGCGACGCUGCACCGCAAGGAGGCGGCGCUGGUGUUCUCGUCGUGCUUUGUGGCUAACGACGCGACGAUCUCGACUCUGUGCAGCGCGCUGCCCAACUGCGUGAUCUUCUCGGACAAGAUGAACCACGCAUCGAUGAUCCAGGGCAUCCGCCACUCGGGUGCCAAGAAGCAUGUCUUUGACCACAAUGACCUCGACCACUUGGAGAAGCUGCUUGCGCAGUACCCGCGCUCGACUCCCAAAAUGAUUGCUUUUGAGAGUGUGUACUCGAUGUCCGGCACUGUUGGUCGCAUCCCCGAGAUCUGCGCGCUGGCCAAGAAGUAUGGCGCCAUCACCUUCCUCGACGAGGUGCACUCUGUCGGCAUGUACGGCCCGCGCGGUGCCGGUGUUGCCGAGCACUACGACUACAACGCCAGCCUGCAGACGCCCGCCGGCCAGCGUAUUCCCGGCUCGGUCAUGGACGAGGUCGAUAUUGUCACCGGCACGCUCGGCAAGGCAUUCGGCAUUGUCGGCGGCUACAUUGCCGCGUCGUCUUCGCUCGUCGACAUGAUCCGCUCGUACGCACCCGGAUUCAUCUUCACCACUUCCCUGCCGCCGCCCAUCAACGCCGGCGCCGUUGCCAGCAUCCAGUACCUGGCCAACUCGCAGCGCGAGCGCUUCCUGCAGCAGACGCACGUGCGCGAGCUCAAGGCCGACCUGGCUGACGCCGGCAUUCCCGUCGUUCCUAACCCGUCGCACAUCGUCCCGGUGCUUGUCGGCGAUGCUGAGAGCGCCAAGAUGGCCUCGGACAUGCUGCUGAGUCAGCACAACAUCUACGUGCAGAGCAUCAACUACCCGACCGUGCCCGUCGGCGAGGAGCGUCUGCGCAUUACGCCUGGCCCUGGCCACGACAACUUUAUGCGCAUGCGUCUGCUCGGCGCCCUCGACUCAGUGUGGAACCGCCUCGGGCUGAAGCGCACCGCCGACUGGGAGCGCAUGGGCGGCCGCUGCGGUGUCGGAGAGAGCCGCGAGAAUCUGAGCAGCAUGUUGGCUGGAAGCGGGGCGUCGAGAAUGUCUGGGAAGAUCACCAGCUCAAGCAGGCUCAUGACUGUGAGCUGGCACGCAAGGGAGGUGUUCCCAUUGUGCCUGCCAUUCCUGAGACUGUCCAGCAGAUCAUUUCUGCCACCAUGCUGUGAGAUUAACUCGUACGGACAUUGCAACAUUUGGCAAUUUUAG